AUGUGGCAAUGGCAAUUCUGGGCAACACUCUUUUGGUUCUCUGUGAUGCAGCCAAGCCAGCGAACUCGAGCCCAGGAGACCGGUUUUAUACCCUAUGUGUUCACUCUGAUUAAUGAGUACCAGAGCCAGGCACGACUGGAGGCCAUGGACAAUAAUGCUCAGAUAUUGCGAGAGUACGACUUUAUUAUUGUGGGGGCUGGCACCGCCGGCUGUACAUUGGCCGCCCGCCUUAGUGAAAAUCCCAAAUGGAAGGUUUUGCUGCUCGAAGCUGGCGGACCUGAAAGUCUGGGCAUGGAUGUGCCAAUCCAAGCCAUUGCCCUGCAAUUGAACCCCAAUAUUAAUUGGGCUUAUCGUACACAGCCUUCGAAAAACUACUGUUUAGGCUUGGAAAAGAAUCGUUGCAACUUUCCGCGAGGCAAAGUGAUGGGUGGCUCUUCGACCAUCAACUAUAUGGUCUAUACGCGAGGCAAUCGUCGCGACUAUGACCAAUGGGCCGCCAUGGGCAAUGAGGGUUGGAGUUUCGAUGAUGUUUUGCCAUAUUUCAAAAAAUUUGAAGGUUCUUUGGUGCCGGAUGCCGAUGCCGAGUUUGUUGGUCGCAAUGGUCCGCUUAAAGUGUCCUACAUCAAAGCGCACCACAAAACAGCGAAACAUUUUGUGGAGGCUGCCAAGCAAAGUGGUUCACAGCAAUGUGACUACAAUGGUCGCCAUCAGACUUGUGUGUCAUAUGUGCAAUCGACAACAAAUGGAAUAAUUCGUUGGAGUUCGAAUCGAGCCUACCUUUAUCCCAUUAAGGGCAAAAGACCCAAUCUUCACAUACUUAAAAAUGCCCUGGUAACCAAGAUCCUAAUAGAUCCAGAGACCAAAGCAGCUUACGGUGUUACCUUUGAAACACGGCAUCAGACCUACCAGGUGCAGGCGCGCCUUGAGGUUAUUUCUGCCGCUGGAGCCAUCAACACGCCUCAGCUCUUAAUGUUAUCGGGCGUGGGCCCAGCCAAACAUUUGCGCGAAGUUCGCAUCAAACCCUUAGCAGAUCUGGCUGUGGGCUUCAAUUUGCACGACCACAUAGCUCCCCCUUUGAGCUUUGUCACCAACGCAAGUUCCCUGAAAAUUGAAGAUUUACUAGAUGCCGAAGAAAUUCUCAAAACACAAACCGGUGACAGCAUUUUAUCGAUCAUCGGUGGCUUAGAGGCUCUAUCAUUUUACGAUUCGCAUCAUCCCCAGAGUGUUGAGGCCGGAUGGCCGGAUUAUGAACUGUUUAUGGUAGCAGGAGGCUUGCAUGGCAACCCCCCCAUAGUGCCAGCAUUUGGCAUAAGAAAUGAAGUUUACCAAAGUCUAUACAAAGACGUGUUGAAUAACAAUGAUGAGGUUUUCAUGAUAUUUGCCAUGCCGCUAAGGCCGCGCAGCAGGGGACGCAUUUUGCUGCGAAACAACAAUCCUCAUACACAUCCUCUCAUCUAUCCAAACUAUCUGGCAGAUCCUGCUGAUGUUGCCACCAUGGUGCGAGCCCUACAAAAGACCAUAGAAAUGACGAAACAACCGGCAAUGCGUCAAGUAGGCGCCACACUUUUACAAAGACAAAUACCCCAGUGCCGGCAAUAUGGCGAUGUCACCUCACCCGGCUAUUUGGAAUGUUAUGCCAGACACCUCAGUUUGACCAUCUAUCAUCAAUCGGGUACAGCAAAAAUGGGUCCCAAAACGGAUAAAACAGCAGUGGUUGAUGCCCGCCUUAGAGUAUAUGGCAUUAAAAAUUUACGUGUAGUGGAUAGCAGCAUUAUGCCAAGCAUUAUUUCGGGUCAUACCAAUGGACCGGUAUUUAUGAUAGCCGAAAAGGCUGCCGAUAUGAUCAAAAGGGAUCAAGGAUAUUUGUAG